GAGAGCUUGAGUACGUGAAGCCUUUGAGCAAUUUCUUUCCCAAGACACUGAGAAGUUUAAAUUCUUGGUCAUCUUAAUCUGCAGAAUGAGUAUUCAAGGUUUAGUAGUACUUCUUUUUCUGUCUGUUUUGAGUGUGAGUACUAUUGGGAGCACUCUUGUUGAAAAUGGUUCUACGAGUACCACUCAUCAUAAGUCCAAGGGAAAAAGAUGGGCACUUCUAAUUGCUGGUUCAAAUGGUUACGAUAACUAUCGACACCAGGCUGAUGUAUGCCAUGCAUACCAGAUACUUAAGAAAGGUGGACUCAAAGAUGAAAACAUUAUUGUCUUCAUGUAUGAUGAUAUCGCCAACAACACAGAAAACCCUAGACCUGGUGUCAUUAUCAACAAGCCAAACGGCAAGGAUGUCUACCACGGAGUUCCCAAGGAUUACACAGGAGAUGAUGUUAACUCACACAAUUUCUACGCUGCUAUUCUCGGAGACAAAACUGCACUCAAAGGAGGAAGUGGCAAGGUUCUGGAGACUGGUCCAAAUGACCAUAUUUUCAUAUAUUACACUGAUCAUGGUGCUACAGGACUUCUUGGGAUGCCUAGUGAAAGUGACUUUGUUUAUGCUAAAGAUCUGAUACAUGUGCUGAAAAAGAAGCACGCUGCUAAAGGUUACAAAAGCAUGGUGUUUUACCUUGAAGCUUGUGAGUCUGGGAGUAUGUUUGAGGGUUUGCUUCCAAAGAAUAUGAACAUUUAUGCUACUACAGCAUCAAAUGCAGAGGAGAGUAGUUAUGCAACAUACUGUGAUGGUGAUCCAGGUGUUCCUAAAGAGUUCGGUACUUGUUUGGGAGACUUGUAUAGUAUUUCCUGGUUGGAGGAUUGCGAUGCAAAUGAUCUGCGGAAAGAGACUUUUGGGGUUCAAUAUAAAAGGGUCCGAAGCAGAACAAAUGAAUCUCAUGUUAUGCAGUAUGGAGAUAUGAGUCACAUAAAGGAGUUCCUCUACACUUACAUGGGGGCAACUCCUAAAACUCAUAGCUAUGCUCCCUUCACAGCCUCGCCUUCGGAAUCAAUCUCAAGGACUGUUAGCCAGCGGGAUGUAGCCCUCCUAUAUUUUCUGCAAAAGGUAAACAGAGCUCCAACUGGCUCUCAUGAGAAGAUCGAAGCUCAAAAGCAGCUACGUAACGAAAUUGCUCGAAGGAAACAUGUGGACUACAGCAUAACCAAAAUAGGGGAGCUUCUGUUUGGGACCGAGAGGAGCUCAAAAGUAUUGAUGAAUGUCAGGCCUUCGGGACAACCUCUAGUGGAUGACUGGGAGUGCUUCAAGAUGUUUAUAAGGACUUAUGAGAGUCGCUGUGGAAAGCUAUCGAAAUAUGGAAUGAAAUACACUCGAGCUUUUGCCAACAUGUGCAAUGCCGGGGUCAGCCUAGAGAAACUGGUUGCAGUGUCUGAUCAAGCUUGUUCUAAGAAACAUGUCUAAUCUGAAAAUGGAUGUACUAAAUAUGUAUGCCGGUUACUUGCUUUGGGUUGUUUAUCUUUUACGACAUAUGUAAC